GGGCAACUGUGUGAUACAAUUGUGCUAUUGACUGAAACCAAACCGCUGCUCGUAGUCAAGCUUCGAAGCGCUGGGAUUCUUUACUUUGGUGAACAACAUUAAAAUAGCAAGAUAGUAUGAGCAUACACUGCUGAGUAUUUACUGGCCAGGCGGCCCAAGCGCUAUGCUGAGUACCUGACCGUCUAUUACAUCCCCGCGGGGUAACUUUGCGGAUUUACCGUUCCAAUAACUAUACAGCUUUGUAAAUGAAAAAGCUUUUUGGAGUUGGCCCGGACUUGUUGGGUGACGGAAAAGUCCUCUUCGAAUGGAGCCCCAAAGGUGCAUUUCUCGCUGCAGCAGGCAGUAAGAGGAAGGUCAACAUCCUUGACAGGAAUGGCCGGCUCUACGAUGAAGUUCACUUCCCACCAGCGGAGUAUCCUAACCCGGAUGGGAGAGGGUGCGCAUGCGCCCAGCUUAUGUGGGACCCCACGGGUGACCAGCUGGCAAUACUGCCCGCCGGGAACACCUGCGUGUUCAUCUGGUCAUCGAUCAGCAAGGAGGUUCAGAAGAUAGAUUCGGAGUUCAAGACGCAAGAGUUUUCUACCCUGGCCUGGUCUCGCAACGGCAUGUACCUCGCCGUUGCCACGGUAAAGGGCAACCUGAUGAUGUACAACGCGCGAGAGCGCAAGAAGACGCCGCUGGUGGGCAAGCACACCAAGAAGAUCGUGGCGGCUGCGUGGAACAAGGACAAUCUGCUGGCCAUGGCGGCCCAGGACAAGUCCGUGACGCUGACGGACGGUGUGACGGGUGACACAAUUAAGACCUUCCAUCUGAAGGACCUGCCCAUGGACUUGUGCGUGUCGGAUAAGAAGGAGGACGGCUACUCGCGUCGGGAGGAGAAUACCUACUCCCUUAACAUCAACAGGAAGACGCUCUACAUCAUGCAGUGCACUGCUGAGGGCGAUCGGCCCAUCGAGCUGGCGUUCCUGGAGACGUACGGCCCCAUCAUGAAGCACGCUUGGUUCGGGGACGGCUACAUCCUGCUGGGCUUCCGCAACGGCUUCGUGGUGGUGGUGUCCUCGCACAGCAGGGAGAUCAGCGAGGAGGUGCACUCGGGGAAGUACCUGGACACGCUGUCGGACGUGUGCCACUCCCCCGCUCUGGGCCGCAUCGCGGUGGCGGGCGCCAACUGCGUGCGCGUGCUGGACACCUCGGGGCAGGACUACACGGAGAUCAAGAGCGACGCGGUGGACCUGGACGCCAACCAGUCCGUGGAGAAGGUCGGCUGGACGCGAGACGGCCAGGUACUGACCGUGGGCACGCACAACGGCUACCUGCACGCCUUCCUGGCCUCGUUGCCCAUGGUGUACGACUUUUACGGCACACGCGUGCUGUACCUGACCAGCCUGCUGGAGAUGACGGUGCUGGAUGUGACGCGGCGCCAGACGGUGGCGCGCAUCGAGCUGGAGUCGGAGCCGGCGUUCUGCGGGCUGGGGCCGGGGCAUGCGGCCAUGGGCAUGAACAACCAGGUUGCCUUUUACAACGUGGAGGGCAAGGUGGGCAAGGUGGUGCAGCGGCGGGACUACCUGGGCACCGUCACCGCCAUCAAGCUCAACGAGACGCAGGCGGCGGUGCUCACGGGGGGGCAUGUGGUGGUGCACCCCAUUGCAGUAGAGCCGGGGCAUGCGGCGGACGAGCAUGACGUAGUCGUCCCAGGGCCCGGCCAGCCCGCCAACAUCACGUGUGUGGCGCUGACGCCCACGUUUGUGAUCACGGGCAGCCGUACAGGCACGCUGUCGUACUACCUUAGCCCGGAUGUGACGCCGGUGAAUGAGUACCGGCAUGACGAGGGUGGCAUCAUGCGGCUCUUCCCGCAGUCCACCGGCGCCCGGCUGGUGUUCGAGGACGACAAGGGCGGACUGCACCUGUUCAACCCCGUCAACGACCACGUGGUGCCCAUCCCCAACUUCACCGGCCGGGCCGACCUGGUCAUGUGGGACACCUCCGACACCAACGUGCUCGUCAUUGCGGACGGCAGCACCCUGCACACCUACCUCUACAUCCCCGUCAGCCUGUCGGGGCCGCAGGUGCAGUUCCUGUCGAAGCAGCCGCUGGGCGCCACGCACACGCCGCUCACGGUCUGCAACGGCGUGGUGGGGUGCCGCCUGAAGAACGGCGCCAUGGACAACGUGGUGCUGGAGAGCCACAAGAUGCUGCAGCCGGGGGAUGCGGUGGCGAGAUCGGUGCCGGCGAAGAGGUUUGCACAGGCGCUCAAGCUGUACAAGCUGCGUGAUGCGGUGGACUGCGCCACGCAGCUGCGGCAGACGGAGACGUGGCGCACCCUGGCACUGGCGGCGCUGGAGGUGCUGGAUGUGGACGUUGCCAUCAACGCAUAUCGCCAGGUUGGCGACGCCAGCAUGGUGCUGUCCCUGGAGCGUGUACGGCAGUACGAGGACCGCAACCUGCUGUCGGCGCACAUCAUGGUACUGCUGGAGAAGGACUACAGCCAGGCGCAGGAGCUCUUCCAGCGCUCAUCCGUUCCCCGCGCCGCGCUUGAGAUGCGCAUGGACCUGAAGCACUGGACGGAGGCGCUGAAGCUGGCGGAGCAGUUGGACCCGGACGCCAUUGGGACCAUCUGCAAGGAGCACGGAGCCAUGCUGGAGAUGACGGGCGAAUACGCCAACGCCAAGCAGCACUACCAGCAGGCCCUGGACGCGCUGGCUGUGUCCGUGGGCCCCGCGCAGCCGGAGCUGGAGACGGCGUGCAAGGCGGGCAUUGCGCGCACCACGCUGCAGCUGGGCGACCUGCGGCAGGGGCGGCAGCUGGCGCUGCAGAUCAACUCCACCACGCUGUUCAAGGAGUGCGCGCUCAUCCUGGAGGGGCUGCAGCAGCUCACGGAAGCGGCGGAGAUGUACGAGCGGGCCGGUCAAUACGAGCGAGCCGCCAGCAUCUACAUCCAGACCAAGAACUUUGCUGCCGCCGCGCCCCUCAUGGCCCGCAUCAGCUCCUCCAAGCUGCAGCUCCAGUUCGCAAAGGCCAAGGAGGUGGAGGGCCGCUGGGCGGAGGCGGCCACCGCGUACGAGGCGGCGGGCGACAUGGACGCGGUGGUGCGGCUGUGCCUGGAGCGGCUCAACCAGCCGCAGCGCGCCUACGCCAUCGUGCGCAAGACGCAGAGCGUGGAGGCCGCCAACCAGCUGUCCAGGUUCUGCCUGCAGACGCAGGACUUCCAGGGUGCCGUGGAGUUCCUGCUGAUGGCGGGCCAGAUGGACCAGGCAUUCGACAUCGCCAUGGGGCACAACGAGAUGGACACCUUUGCGCGCAUCGUGGCGGCCAGCGCCAAGCCGGUGGACUACCAGCGCAUUGCGCAGUACUACGAAAGCCGCGGCGAGUACGACAAAGCGGCCGACAUGUGGAGCAAGUGCGAUCAGGCGCCCCGCGCCGUGCAGCUUUACCUCAAGGUGGGCACCAACCAGGCGUUGGAGAAGGCGGUGCAGGUGGUGGAGCAGACGCGCAACCACAACCUGGGCGUGCUGGUGCUGGACUAUGUGAACGAGGAGAAGGACGGCACCACGCGCGACGAGUUCCGCUUCAAGCUCAACAUCGCGAUGGGGCAGUUCCAGGAGGCUGCGCGCGACGCACUGGAGAUGGCACGUUUCGAGCAGGAGGAGGGCAACUACCGUGUGGCUCACGACAAGCUCUUCUCCACCGUCAAGCAGCUGGAGGCGCUCAACACGCGGCCGCCCACGGAGCUCAUGCGCGCACUCAUGCUGCUGCACUCCUACACGCUCGUCAAGUCGCUCAUCGCCAUCAACGACCACACCACCGCGGCGCGCAUGCUGGUCCGCGUGGCUCGAAACAUCUCCAAGUUCCCCAAGCACAUCGUGCCCAUCCUGACCUCCACCGUCAUCGAGUGCCACCGCGCCAGCCUGAAGAAGACCGCCUUCGAGUACGCGUCCAUGCUCAUGCGGCCGGAAUACAGGGACCAAGUGGCGGUCAAGUACAAGAAGAAGAUCGAGCUGAUGGUUCGCAAGCCCGACAAGGACCCCGAGGAGCAGGAGGAGCCGCUGGCGGAUUGCCCCUUCUGCAACAUGCCCGGCCCGGAGACGGAGCUGCAGUGCAUCAGUUGCCAGAACAUACUGCCCUUCGACCUGGCCACAGGCAAGCGCAUGGUGCUGUCCGACUGGGCCGAGUGCCCCGGCUGCAAGUUCCCCGCCUCCGCCACGCAGUUCAUCCGCAUCAUCUCCGCGGAGGGCCGCUGUCCCAUGUGCAACGACCCCGUGGAGCUGGCACACGUGCGCAAGGUGCUGGACCCGCUCGCUAAGCUCAAGCAGCAGCAGGCGCAGAUGCAGCAGGCGCCGGGCAGCGGGGCGUAAGAGGCAGGGCGGUGGGAGAGGUACCCGUGUGGCCUGGUAAUUGUGGUUUGGAGCGAGGCUGCUGCUUGGGAAGCGCGUGUGGCUUGGGCGACUGUAUGCCGGGUGAGGGCUAGGUAGUAGUGGCGUGUAGGGGGUGAGGGGAGUGCAGGGGCUGAGCAGGGGGGUUAACUGUUGGUGGAGAGCAGGCUGGUCUUUUUACGUGUUGGUUAAGGAGGCGCGCGUGCGUGUUAGGGGUUGGCAGUGACCCAUGCAGCAGUGUAAAGCGUGUGAUCUUGGGGCAUGUGCAUUUUACGCUGCGGACUGCUAACACGUGCUUACUGUAGGUAAUGCCCGUCAGGGUAUUCAGAGCAUGCGACGCUGUGAAAGGCGCGCGAAAACGUUUUCCUUGUGAAGUGCCUGGGGUAGUGGUAUAGCUUGCUGCUAUGCUGCUGCUGCCCACAUGAGGCAUCUGUUAGCUGAUGGUCUUGACAGCUUGCAGCCAGGUGGCAACUUGCUAGCGGUGAGCCACGGUGUACAUACUGACGGGCAGCUUGUGACCACUUGGACGGCUUCAUGCUUGUAACUAGACCGACCUUGUA